GUGAUUUUCUAUCACUGCCCCGCCGUCUGGAAUGAGGGCGUGAGAUUCAGUCUUCGCUACCUCACAUAUCCUCUUGUUCCCUGCCGCUUCCCGCCAGCAAUGUCUUCAUAACCCCUCGUCCUUACGCUAGUGUCUCUGCCAGAAAUCCCUUCUCAACUGAUUCUGUGACUCGUAACGAAGCUUACUAUGCCGUUCGCAGUCGUGCAGAGCACAAAGGAGAGAUUAUGGACCUCCCUGCGCAACUUGACGAUCGGCACUGGAGGGAAGCAUUCAGACAUACCUAUCAUGCUAUCGCCGAUUUACGCGCCGAUUUCGGAGGAGCCGCCUAACACUAAAACUGAAGAUGCACGACCCACAUUCAGCCUUAAUCCGGAUUGCAAAUUGCCACUUGAGCUCUGGUGGACAAUCAUUGACGAAUUCCAGCAUGACUGGCUCGCAUUAUUUGCAUGCAGCGUCGUCUGUCGGUCGUGGCGUGCUCGUACCCAGAUUUAUCUACCCCAGGGCUAUCGACGCACCGUGGAGCUCUACAGCCAGAGAGACGUAGCCAGUCUUUCGAGGUUCGCUCGCGUCCGAAAGCUGCAAGCACGGACGGUCCAGAUUCAUGGAAGUCGCCAUUCCGGCUCGAUAGCGCACCUCGGAACGUUCGCGGCGAUGCUCUCGGGGCAACUGCGUCAUCUCAACGAGCUGCAUGUCAUGUACGGCGCUUGGCAGACGGCCACAGUGGACACAUGUUCUCUUUUCCGAUGUCUCUCCACGUAUUCGACCAUUCGACAUCUACGGCUCUGCGGCGUCACAUUGCCGUCCACAACGUCCCUCCUCCGCUUGUUAUACUCUCUCCCCCGAUUACGCUCCUUCGACUGUGUUGAUGUAUCAACGACAGACAGGAACUAUGGGAACCGAGCGAGCGCACAUUCCGCCCGGCUCUGCAAAAUCGAGGCGUUUGUUCUAGAUUGCUCUGACGUGGACGACAUAUUCGACCUCUUCGCCGCGGCCAGCCUUGCGGAGUACAGCGGUACCGUUGAACUCGGUAUACACUCCGCUCGCGAUGUCGAAGAUGGCGAGCGAACACAUUUCGCGAGAUUCACCAGGAGCUUGACCUCUGUCUCCCGACUCACGAUUGUACUCCGCGAUGCGGAUAUGUCUGACGAAGCACUAGGUGAGCCUCGUCUAAACUUUUGUACCUGAGCUUUACGAAGUUAUAUAAAGCGAUGUGCCUUUCACUG